AAUUAAAUUUUAUGUAGAUAAUCAUGUAACAGUCUUGUCAUCCUGUUUUUAUUAGAACCAAUUCAUAAAAAAAUAAACAAAUGUAAAUGGAAUUUUUUACAUUAUGUUAAAAUUUUUUAAUGCAGGAUUUUGCUGCCACUAAUCCAGAACAAUCCUUGACAAUAUCAUUCACUUUGGCACAAUUGCUACUGACUCAGGGCCAUGUCAGUCAGGCUUGUGACAUACUACGUUCUCUGGGUGAAAUUUCUCAUAAACCUGGAGUGGUGUCAGCAUUAGUCACAUUAUAUUUAAGCCUGGAAGAUAGAGAUACUGCUAUUAAUGUUUUCAAAGAAUCUAUUAAUUGGUACAAGAAAAAUAAUUUACAGAGCCAAGAAAUGACUAUUUUAAGUCAACAAUAUGCUGAAUUUUUAUUAAAGUGUGGACAACCAGAAGGAGCAGCAAUGUUGUUAGAAGAAAUGAGAAAGUCAGAUCCUCAUAAUGCUAAGAUUUUAGCUCGUUUAAUUUCAGCUUAUUCUCAGUUUGAUCCCAUUAAAGCAAAAGAAGUUAGUCAUGAAUUGCCAUCAUUGGGUGAUGUGUCUGAUUCAGUUUCUGUUGACAAUUUAGAGACAACCAGCUGGAGUAUGGGUACAAAAUAUGUAAAAAAAUCUGGUAAAAGUGAACCUUCACCAACAGUAAAGACAACUGCAGCAGAAGGUUUAGUUAAGAAGAAAAGGAAAAAGAAAAAAGGAACUUCAUGCAAUAAAAAGAGAGGUAUUUCAAUAGUUAUGAAUAUUGCUUAUCCCAUUUUUUAA